AUGUUGCCUGACCUUAACGGCUUCAACAAGUCCAUUCUAGCUAUCCCGGUUCACUUCAUCAUCUCGAUGAUGCCUUACGCCGUUGCUCGCGUCAUUGCUACCAGAGGUAGGCUGCCUAUCCAAAACAUCGGCAAUCUACGUGCUCAGGAUACAAGAGCGCAGUUGGAGCAGCGUGUUCCUGCAGAGUCGUAUGCCAGGUACAUGCGUACGCGUGGCUGUUACCACUCUGGGAUGGAGGCAAGUCUUGAGCAAGGUUUGCAUACGAUUUUUCCCCUCUUUGUUGCAGCAGUGGUCGUGGGCAAUAUGGCUGGGCUGCCACAGGAUAUGCUCAACACCUUUGCGGUUUCGUCUGUUGCCUUUCGGGCUGCUUGCACGAUGAGUUGUUUGCUCACGGUUACUUCGGAGGCUUUGUAUGUUCGCGGCGGGCUCUGGGUCAUGGGUGUUUGGAUGUGCUUGGUUAUCUUUGUUGAAGCUGCAGUGGCCAUGAGUGACGGAAAGACAAAAGAGGUGCACAGGGUGAUGUGA